UUAAAUAAAUUAUUAUGGCUUGUCGUAGUCACAAUGAAACUUUUAUUCUUUUGAGAAAUAAUGCUCAAAAGAAUCGUUCUUUUUACCGAGAUUUUAAUAAAGAUGAUGAACGUGUCAAAUUAGUCGGAGAUAAUGGCGACGAUGAUGAGGAGAUUUAUGACAUGGAAUUGACCAAUAAUAAGAUUCUCGUAUGUCAAAAUGUCGAACUAGUUCAUGAUGUAGCAUUUCCUUCAUGGAUAUCUUCAUUGGAUGAAUUCCGUUAUGAGUCUUUCUAUAUACGAGAUAAAAUUGAACAAUUGAAAAAAACUCAAUUAGAACAUCUUAAACAGCAAAGUACAGCCAUAUUUGCCGAUGAUGUGGCCAAUGAAAAACUGAAAGAUUACGAAAUGGAAAUCGAUCGCCGAUGUCAAGAUCUAAACGUAUUAUUCAAUCGGCUUCAUUCGAUCGUGAUGCAUUUUAAAACACUGAAAAGUUAUGGCCAGAUGAAUGGCAAUUUGAAACAAACACAAACUCAAGCUCGAAUGGUAUCAAAUAUUUUGAAAAACAUAUUCCAAUAUCAGGUACAAGAAGUCGUUGCUCUUACUCAAUUGUUUCGGUCUUGUCAACGUGUCUAUUUCGAACGACGUAAUGAAGCAACAAAAGUUGAUCCUGAAUUUGUCAUCACAUUUGAUAGCGAUCUAUUGGAAAAAGAAUUAAAUAGUGAUAAUCGAUUUGUGAAAACUUCAUUCGAAGAUGAUACUGUUUUUUUCGCCAAUAAUAAUGAUAAUCAUAAUCAAAUGCAACAGCAGAAACAGUUACAGAUUUCAUUGAAUGAUCAGAUCAAAAUAGAUCAAUCUAUUAAUGACCAUCUUUAUGAACGUGAACGUGAAAUGAAUUCAAUAAUGAAAUCAUUUGUUGAAUUGAACCAAUUAUUUCAAGAAGUUCAAACACUUGUUAUUGACCAAGGUUCAGCAUUGGAUAGGAUUGAUUACAAUAUUGAACAAGUUGAACAUAAAGUCGAAUUGGGAGCAGUAAGUCUUGAGAAAGCACAUCGAAGCAUUAGUCGUGUCCGUAAAUUAAAACUUAUUCUUGGCGCAGGUCUUUUUUUAUUUCUCUUGUUUAUAUUUCUUAUCAUAAGGUCUUGAUUUAUUUAUUUUUUUUCAAAUUAACACACAUAUGAUACAAACACUACUCAUCAUCACUUUUCAUUCCAAUAAUAUAUCAAAGUCAAAAAUUA